CCCACCCCCCAUCCCCCUCCCACCCACUCAAGGCGCAGUUGCAUGGAGUUUUUAAGCUACGUUGAGAUCCAGGGGAUGGGCUUCAUUGGGUGAAAUGAGAGAGAGUGUGUUGGGGGGCGGAAACCAAAGGAAAGGUAAAAGGGGGGCACUCUGUCAUCUAGCUGCAUGGUACAGGAGCAACCUGAGCAGCAUCAGAGCCGGUGAGAAUGAUAUCAUCUUGUUGUUCAACGGAUCCGUCAGAGUCCGACCCCCCACGUCUAGGCUGAUCUUGGCAGAGAACUGUGGGAGUUCAACUGAGUCGUUGGAAUACAUUGUGUCCAUCUAGGCGCACUAUCCCAUCAGCGGCGUUAACAAGGAAGGAAUUCCUCUAUCACAGCUCCCACAACAAAGAAGAAAGGGAGAGGAGCAGAGCCGGUGGGAGGAGAAGUGAGCUGAGGGGAGGGGUGCACUGUGAGGGGAAAGGAGGAGGACAUUGUUUCCCUGUGACUGUGGGCAACGGAAAAGCAUGAGUUAUCAGGACAUGUGCGUGAUUGUGUUUAGAAAGUGUGUUUGUAGGUGAGCAUUCAACACAUUUACGCAAAUGUGUUGAAGUGAUUUGAGUGUGUAUUCAAGAGAGCAUGGAUGUGUUGGUGUGCACAGCCUUCAGUUUGGGAUGUUGGAACUGGGAGGCCACUCAAAGGAUGCUCAGACAAAGCUUUUUUUUUUUUUCCACAACCUCUUUGAAUGCUGAAUGGGGACUGACUGGAUUCCUUUACUCAUGCUGUUGGUCCCUGGUAGAGGGUAGCUAAAGGUGAUUCUCCAUGCAUGGCCGAGGGCUCUUACCUCAAUCAUUACCUCAUUAGCCUCCGGGCUGAAGGAUUAUGGGUAACCUCGUAAGCCGGCCCAGCUGCCUAGGCCAAAAGUCCAAGCAAGUGCGAUCGGAUGAAGACUUCCUGAAGGAGUGCUACCAUCGGCGAAAAGAGAGGCAGCUUCCUCAACAUGGGCAGGAUAAGAACAAGGACAGCGUGACGGAGACAGCAAAGGAGGAACAAGAACUUCAUCACAUGAGGGAGAAAGGAGCUCAAACACCAAUUUCUGACAAACCUCUCCACAGCUCCCCUGCCUCAACAAUCAGGAGUACCAGUACUUUGGAUCGUGCCUGGCAGAGCACCCCCUCACCUAUAAAAACAUCACGCAAUGGGACACUGACGAGAAGAACUGUGCCCCCAGAGUAUUCGAGAUCUCCCUUGGCUUGUCCUGACAAGACUGCUGCAGAGAGAAGGACUAGUUUUCAGAGGAGAGACUCGAGAGAAGGGAGUCCGUGGUCCUGGAAGACUGUGGCAUCACGGGAAGUGACAGAAGUGACAGAGGUGACAGAAACUAUCGUGACUGAGAUCGUGGAAGUAACGGAGUAUCCAACAGGAGAUAAGUCAGGGGACCCCAUUAUCACAAGAACUGUUCGAGUCCUGAAUGGAGUUGCCCAGGAACUUGCUGAGCUCCAAGGUGAUGGACACUCAAGCUCAGAUCAAGAUUCCUGUGUGGAAAAAUGGAAGUGUCCAUUGGCUCUGCGAAACAUAUCUACCGAUUCCGAGACGAUACUUCAAAGUUUGGAAGCCUUGCUGACAUGGGUGUGUGAAAUAGAGGAGCUCACAGCGAAUCAGAAGCCUCCAUCUUCAGAGGUCAAAGUGGUGAAAGCACAGCUUCAAGAACAAAGGCUCCUGCAGCGCCUCCUAACAGACCGACGGAAAAGUAUACAAACUAUGAUGUCAGAGGGUCCUCGGAUAGUGGAGGCCCAUCCAGGAGAGAAGGGGGAUCAGGCUCGGGUCAAGCUCUGUGCUCUCAAAAAGAAGUGGGAGUCCAUACAAUGGGAGGAGAAUCAAAGGAGGGACAGUCUGGAGCGGAUUUUACCUCGGGCUCAACUCUUCCAGGAGGGCGUAGACAAUUUGCAGCACUGGCUUAUAUCUGUUGAGCAGGCCCUCACUGAACUACGAAAUGCUGAAAGAGUGAUGCUGCAUCCUUCAGAAGCCAUAGUGAGGGCUAAGGCAUUCGCUGAUGAGAUUCAGGCUAAAACUGCUGAGCUUGCAAAAGUUCAAAAAACAGGUCAAGAGCUCAUGGAAGUGAUCUCAGAGGAGGAGGAACACCAAGUCCGGGAGAAAUUAGAUGGACUUCGUAUCAGAUGCUCCGUGUUAAAUCUGAGUAGUCAGGACGUUCUCCAAAGGCUGGAACAGGCUCUGGAAGCCUCUAAUCGCUGUACAUCCAGCCAGGAGGACCUCCACGUGUGGCUGGGCCGAAUUGAGAGAGAACUCUUGGGUGCAGCAGGGGAACAGACACAUGCGGGAGAUGCAGUGUUAUGUGCGGCUGAAAGACAGCGGCUGGAACAGGCUGUAAUGAAAGAGGUGGCUUGGUUUAAGGACGCGGCGCUAAGACUUGAAAAGAUGAAAACUGUUCACCUGGAUCCAGACCUCAUAUCCGAACAACUCAAUGAGCAGAAGAUUUUGGCUGUGGAGAUUCUUCAGCACAGGUUCAACAUUGAGAAGAUGGCCAAAAUCGCUGAAAUCUUGCAAACAUAUAGCGAAGAAAGUGAAGCAGCGAAUCUGAAGACCCCAUUAGAUGCCUUACAGGAACAAUGCGCCACCACAUCAGCUACUAAUUCCCAUGGAGUUCUGCAGCUUGAGCAUGCUCAGUCAAUUCUUGUUCAGUUCUCAGAGGGCCUUACUGAGGUUUCACCAUGGCUAGAAGAAACACAAAACCUCGUGAUGCAGCUCUCCCUCACCCCGUUUAGCUUUGAUGCAUUCCGUGAGCAACAAGACCUUUUACAGUCCCUGAGAGAGUCAAUAGCUGAACAUCGGCCAAUGAUCUCACGAUUAUGCUCCUUGGCGAAACACCUGUCAGAGCUAAACCCAAUUCAGGGAGAGGGAUUUUGUCGCAAAGCGACUGAGGCUGAGGAGCGGCACCGAGCCAUCAGAGACCGUGUCAGGGAGACUGCCGUUCUACUUGAAGAGUCCUUACCCAGAUUCACUCAACUGAAUGAGCGGAUGGUUCUUCUCAGAGAAAAUCUCGAUCGCCUGCGCAGUCGCAUCCAAACUCCAACACCUCUUCAGUGCCUUACCCCGAGGAUUCAAGAGCAGCUACAUGACAACAAUUACAUCUUGUCUGAACUGUCCAAGUUGGAGCUUAGCCUCACAAAUGUCAAGACACACGCACAAGACUUGCUGACCAACACACAGCCGGCAGGGGUUACGUCCAUCGGCACAGCAAUCCAGGAGCAAGUCACCACUCUUUGCCAGCUGCUGGGUGAGAUGCACAGUCAGGUUCAAGAAAGGGAAAGCUGGUUGCUCAAACUGCUGGAUCUGUCCAUGAAGUUUUGGAGCGAUGUUGCUGAUGUCACAGCAGCCCUCAAUAAUGCUCAGCAGGCAGUUUUGGAUCUUAAUGCAAGCCAGACAGACUCUGAAACAAUCUGCCAGAGUUUAGAGACGAUGCAGACUCUCAGGGAGGAUAUCGACACUUUGCAAGGAGAUCUAGACACACUUGGUGUCCUCGGAAUGGAUCUGAUGUCAGCAUGUGGGGACACAGACAAACCGGAUGUCACAAAAAACCUGGACGAACUUUAUUGCCUGUGGAACAAUUUGAGUAAACUGUGGAAUGAAUGUCACGACAAGCUGGAGGAUUCCUUGCAGAUGGCCUUAAAUUAUCAAGACACUAUGCAGGGACUUUUUGAGUGGUUGAAAUCUGCAGAACUGAGGUCAACAGAAGAGUUUGUGGUUGGAACUUACCUGGAAUCAGUCAAAGAGCAGCUGCGGGAACUUAAGGAAUUUAAACGAGAACUUUACCAGAAAAAGAUUGAAAUAGAAAGCCAAAACCAUCGCUUUGUGAGUCGAUUGUCUCCAGGCUCAGAACGCCCAUGCUCAGUCUCACCCCUGUGCGACUUUCGACUGCGUUGGGACAGUCUGGAAUCAGAGACUGUCAGCAGACAGCAUCAACUGGAGUGUGCUCUACUAGGUCUGGGGCAGUUCCAAAACACACUGGAUGAGUUGCACACAUGGCUUGCCCAUACUGCUGAACAAUUGCAGGCCAAAAAAACAAUCGGCAUCGAACUGCAGGCUUGUGAAAUAGAGCUGGCCAAACACAAGGUCUUGCAUAAUGAUGUCAUGUCUCACGUUCGCACAAUGGAGUCCCUGAACCAGGCAGGCAAAGAGUUGCUGGAAGUUGGGUCCGGGGACUGUGCACAUGGUCUUCACUCUCGAUUGGACCAACUCAAUGAAAGCUGGGAGUUUGUUCGGUGUGAAACUGAACGGUAUCAGCUGGAGUUAGAGAACAGACUCAGUCAGGUGCAAGAUAUUACAAUGGGGAUUCAGGACCUCCUACAGUGGCUGGACAAUACAGACAUCAGAUUGCCAUCUUCCAAAUCCAUGUGGGGUAUGCCAGAAUCAACCACUGAGAGCCUUAAUGCUCAUUUGGAGUUGUGCAAUGAGAUGGAGUCAAAGCUUCACACUUACACCGAUGUGAAAAAUGCCAUUCAAAGAAUGCUGGAAAGCAGCAAUGUUGUGCCGGGAUUGAGUACAGAACACAGCCUGUCGAUCUUAGAACAAAGGUGGUCUUCUGUGUACAAUAAAGUUCAAGAGCGAAAGGUAAAGCUUAUGAAAGGCUUGAGUCUGGCCAAGGAAUUCCACAGUGACAUCCAGGACCUUCUCACCAAGAUGUCCAAGUGUAAGGAGUCUAUUGGACUCCUCCCAGCUCCCAGCUUUGUUCUGGACACAAUUAACAACCAACUGCAGGAUCAUAGAACACUGGUGGAUGAAGUGAAUGGUUACGCCGAGAAGAAGACCACAGUGGAGAGUGCUGGCAGUAGACUUGCUGAGUUUAGCAGGAAAGAGGAUUGCGAUGUCAUUCACAACCUCCUCAUGACUGUCCAAGAUCGCUACAAACAACUACUGCAGUGUAUUUCAGAGAGAGGCAUUAUGCUGGAGGAGGUCAAAAAGAAUGCCAAACAGUUUAAUGAAUCUUGGCGCCUCCUGGUGGACUGGAUGUUUGAGGUUGAAGAAACCUUAGACAACCAUAAAGAGAUCGCACCGUCACAUGAGGAGAUUAAACAACAACUAACUGAGCAGAAGGAGUUCCAGAAAGUGCUGAGAUCCAAGAGGCCUAUGUAUGAGGCGACACUAAAGAGUGGCCGCAAACUUUAUAAUAGAGCUCAAAGAAGCCAUGACCAACAGCACCUGGAAAACCUUCUGGCUGAACUGAAAGACACAUGGGACACAAUCAAUGGAAAGUCUAUGGAGAGACAACACAAACUGGAGGAAGCUUUGCUCUUCUCGGGAAGGUUCACAGAUGCUCUUCAAGCACUGAACAACUGGCUAUAUAGAGCUGAGCCACACUUAGCCAAGGAUGUUCCUGUCAGCGGAGACAAGGACGUGGUCAACAAUCUGAUAGACAAACAUAAAGCAUUUCAAAAGGAGCUUGGGAAGCGAGCAGGGUGCAUCAAGACCUUGAGGCGCUCUGUUAAGGACCUGACCAGGAGCAGCACGGCUGAUUCACACUGGCUGCAGGAGCAAAUGGAUGAACUGGAGGGCCGCUGGGAGGUGGUGUGCAAGCUGUCGGUCGGCAAACAGGACAGACUUGAGGCUGCACUUCAGCAGGCUGAGAAAUUUGAUGGCCUCGUCCAUUCUUUCAUGGAGCGUCUCACUGAGGUCGAGAGGCUUUUUAAAUAUGGAGUCAUACCAGAGGAAGUGGAAAGUUUGCUCGCCCUCCACUCAGACAAUGAGCAGACAAUGUUUACCUUAAAAACUCAAUCAACGGAGUUAGAGAAUAUCCAGUGUCUGGGUCAAAAGAUCCUCUCCUCUUGUCACCCAGACUCAAAAAUAACCCUCAAGUCCUGGAUGGGUGUCACCAAGACCCGCUAUGAAGAGGUUCUGACAUGGGCCCAGCAACAAGGCUUAAGGAUCCAGACCAUUUUAACUUUGAUGGAAGAAGAGAGAGAGGAAGUACAGCGGCUGUUGGAAUGGAUCUCUUCAGCACAAGAAGCUCUGAGCAUCAGAGAUGAAGAGCCUGUGCCCGAAAACACAGAGCAGAACCAAGAACUUAUUGAGCAGCAUUGUGUAUUCAUGGAGGAGCUAAACAAGAAGCUUCCCGAAGUUGAACAUGCAACAAAGUCGUGCAAACAUAAGAGUGUUUCUAAGCAGCAAGUUUCCCCCAGGAAACGACCAAUCGCACAGAGGCGGAGCACUCUGAAGUUUGCUCCUCCAGCACCACUCCCCCUGGAUCACCUUGACCCCCAGACCCCGCAGCUCAGUCAGCUGGUCAGUCAGUGGCAGAAACUUUGGCUCCUGGCACUAGCAAGACAAAAACAUCUUGAACAACACCGGCAAAAACUCAUCGAGAUAGAAGAAUUUGCCAACUUUGACUUUAACAUUUGGCGAAAACGCUACAUUCAGUGGAUAAGCCAUUUGAAGUCUCGCAUUCUAGAUGUCUUCCGAAACAUUGACCGGGAUCAGGAUGGACGAAUCAGCCAGAAAGAGUUCAUCGACUAUGUCCUGGCUUCGAAAUUCCCCACCAACUCGCUGGAAAUGAAUGCAGUGGCAAACAUCUUUGACGUGAACAGUGAUGGUUUCAUCGAUUACUAUGAGUUUGUGAGUGCGCUGCACCCCAGCAGAGAUCCUUACAGGAAAAUGCUCGAUGCAGAUCAAAUCACUGAAGAGGUGAGCCGUCAGGUGUCACAAUGUAAUUGUCCCAAGAGAUUUCAAGUGGAGCAGAUCAGUGCCAAUAGAUACAGAUUUGGAGAUUCCCAACAGUUGCGGAUGGUUCGUAUGUUGCGGAGCACACUGAUGGUCAGAGUGGGAGGAGGCUGGACUGCUCUAGAUGAGUUCCUGGUGAAGAAUGAUCCCUGCAGAGUAAAAGGCCGGACCAACCUGAAGAUCAAAGAGAAGUACUUGUCUCCCACAGGGAGCACCUCGAAAGGUUUGACCGUCAGCAGGUCCAACUCAAGCCUCAGUCUCUACAGCAGUGCCUCCGCCCCAACUAGCCCCAUGACACGCAAGGCUUUACUGCGCCGAAGCUUUUCAGGCGACCGUUGCGUUCGUCCUCGAAGUUCCAUUGCUGCAUUGGGAUCUGAACUCCUGUUUGUCACAACAGAGGGGCACACCUCUCUAUCACCAUCAGAAGAGGCCGAGGGGCUGCUUCCCACAUGAUUGCCUCAGCCUCCAAAUCUCCAAGUGUGCACUAAACCCAAACAGCCUUUGGCCGUGAAUGACAGACGCGAGAAGUAGGAGUGUUGUGUGCAAAAGCGCUGUAAAAGCAAACACAAAAAGCGGACACUGAAGAUAAAAUACAGAAGGUCAAAAUACAGAAAGAUCUGCAGCUUUGUGGUGUCUGUGGAAACCGAAGACCCUGAAACCGUCCUUUCAAGUGUGAAGAAUGGUCAUUUUUCAUACCCCAGCUCCUGUUCACGCAUGAGAAUAUAAUUGCAUUCGGAGUAGUGUUGUAAAGGUUUUGCAUGGAAACUUAAUGCAUGGUAGUCUUUUUUUUCUCGACGAGCAUCAUUUUCUGAUUUUAUUAUUACCUGAAUCAGAAAGUGUCAACUGCUUUGCAGCAAUUGUUUGUUUAACUUCAUAGUGGACUUUGGUGCUCGGCCAUGAACAUAUGUAU